AUAUUACUUUUCUUCCCCUCCCCCACACUAAUGUAUCAUCAACGUGGACGUACAUUUAUUUUACUUACAUAUAAUUAAAUAUAUCGUAUUUGAAGCCUACAUUUUAAUUCUUCUGUACUUCACUUUGAUAGAAUAGGGAACAUUAAAAUUUAUAGCUAUAACUUUAAAAUAAUUAUAAAUCAAUCAAAUUUGGGAUCAUCAGUAGAUAAGAAGAGAUCUGAUAAAUGAUUAUAGCUACUGUUUAGAAAAAAAAAAAAUCUUACUACUUUUAUUUUAUUUUUUUAAAAAGAAAAGAAAAAAAAAAUUUAUCCAUAUUUGUAUACAUAUUUUUUUUUUCCACUCAUCUACGUUUGCUUAUUAUCAUGGUUGCUCCAAUGGAUAUCACGUUUUUAGGGACUGGAAGUGCUCAACCGAGUGCUACGAGGAACCAUCAAGCUAUUGCUUUAAGACUUAAUGGGGAGAUUUGGUUAUUUGAUUGUGGAGAGGCAACACAACAUCAGUUUCAAAAGUCUAAAUUAAAGAUGAGUAAGAUUACACGCAUCUUCAUUACACAUAUGCAUGGCGAUCAUUGCUUUGGGUUAGCGCCCCUUCUUUGUAGCAUGACUGAUAAUCUUAAUCCUGCUAACGCAUGUGAUUCAAAAGACGAACUUGAAGAGGGCUCCCCCAUCAUUGAUAUUUAUGGACCAUCACCAUUACGAUCUUGGCUUAGAACAACACUUUUAUCUACUUAUUCUAAUCUUGGACGAUCUUAUCGUGUUCAUGAAUUGUUACAUUCGACUGAUCCCGUUGAUCUGAACGAGAAUCGACACCCUAACGAACUCCCCGGUGAAAACGUCAGGAUGGAAGCUGAUCAUCUCUUUCGACUUCCACUCUAUCUAUCUGAAGAAAAGGGAUAUCAAGUCCAGGCUGCACCCAUUCAACACUCUAUCCCUUCCUUAGGUUACGUGAUUCGUGAACCUGAUUGGCCGGGUAAAGUAAGUGGCUUGAUCCCCCUUAUCAAGAAAAAUUGGACAGAGCUAAGGGCCUCAGGGAUAGCAAACCCAAUGAGCCUGUUGGGUCACAUUCAACGUACAAAUCAACCUUACCAUCUACCUGAUGGUUCACAACUUGUCCCACCUCCACUUCGUCCCGGUCGUCAGAUCGUCAUCUUGGGCGAUACAAACGAUCCAUCUCAACUCUUGCCUGCUAUCCGACAAGACCCUGCUCCUACUUUAUUAGUGCACGAAGCCACGAAUGCACUCACUAGCCUUGAUACCACCACCACCUCUUCCUCUCAUCUCAACCAGAGUCUCACGUUUGAGGACGUUGAAUCAAAAGCCAAGAGUCAUGGUCAUUCUACUCCUCAAAUGGCCGCUCUCUUCGCUAAAAGGAUAAAUUGUAAAAAAUUAAUUUUAACCCAUUUCAGUGCUCGUUAUCGGGGUGAUAACGAUCCAGAGGCCUUAAAAGUGAUGGAAGAAAUUCGUGCGUUAGCUGUUAAUACAUGGGGGGAUCAAAGAGAUAAAGAUGUGUUCUGUGCUCAAGAUCUUUGGACAUAUGAUAUAAAAUUAGAAUAACACACAUGGUGUGGUGAUGGUUUUGUGGAUUAUAUUUUAUUUGUAUUGUAUUGUAUUAUAUUAUAUAUUUAAUAAGAAUUUUAAAG